CCGGAAGUUGAUAUCGCUAGCUUGUCGUCAUUGCUUGUUGCUCGCUCUCAGCACAACGCUUAUCUGAGUUGUCCACCAUGGAAGACGGCCUGUUUGACAUUCCUGACUACAACACCAUAGAGGAUGAACCUUUCCCUCCGCUCCCACCACCUCACUCCCCAGGAGGACAAGAGAACGGAGACCCUUUUGGAAAUGGGGACGGAGACGGCGAUGUGUCCGGGCUGGCGGACGUCCCUGCUGCUAAAAGGAAAGGCGUGAAGAGACCGCAACCCAAGCUGGACUCUCAGAGGCUCCUCUCAGAAAGAGGUCUUCCAGCUCUGCGAACACUGUUUGAUAACGUCCGUUUCAAAGGCAAAGGGAAGGAGGCUGAGGACCUGCGGCUGCUCAUGCAGAAGAUGGAGAACUGGGCCCACCGGUUGUACCCCAAAAUGCAGUUUGAAGAUUUUAUCGAGAAAGUGGAGAAGCUGGGCAACAAGAAGGAAGUGCAGACAUGCCUCAAACGGAUCCGACUGGAUAUGCCAAUGAUAUACGAAGACUUCAUGGGUGGUGAAGAAGCUCCUGAAACCGACGUCUUCAGGGAGCCAGACCCUUUUGAAGAGGCGGGCUUUAAUGACCUGCAACGGCCGAUCCACUCCACCCCAGCUCCUGCUGCCCCUCCUCCAAUGGCCUCCCCUCCCACUAUGCCCUCCCAACCCGCACUAUCGUCCCCUCCUUAUUCCUCCCCAGCCGCCCCCUCCCUGUCGGAGGAGCAGCGUCGACGCAUGGAGCUGAACAGACAACGGGCUUUAGAGAAGAGGCUCUCACGCCAGCAGCAGCCAACAGAUCCUUCAGACUCCCAGACUGUCGACUCGACCCCGACUGCUGAACCCACAUCUGUCCCCUCUGCUGAACCCACGUCUGCUGAACCCACAUCUGCUGAACCCACAUCUGUCCCCUCUGCUGAACCCACAUCUGUCCCCUCUGCUGAACCCACAUCUGUCCCCUCUGCUGAACCCACAUCUGUCCCCUCUGCAAACACACCCAGCGAUCAGGUGUUAGAUAAAAUGGAGGAUCACGUGGAAGAUAAGGUGGAGAAUGCGGUAGAAGAUAAGAUUGAGGAUCAGGUGGAGGAUAAGAUUGAGGAUCAGGUGGAGGAUAAGAUUGAGGAUCAGGUGGAAGAGAUUGAGGAUCAGGUGGAGGAUUUGGACCUGAAGCCAGACACACAGGAGCCCAGCGUGCAGCCCCCACACACAGACUCUGAGCUUUCUGCCACAUCACCUCAGUGUGAGAAACAGGAAGUACCCAGCCUCAGCCAGGACCCCCAACCCAGCACCGAGUGUGAGGGCGGAGAUUAACACUCGGGUGCAGCACACAAGUUUAGGAGCGACUAACUGUACGGCAAAGUUCUCAUUUCAAGAACAAAUACAACUUGUCUUCUUUGAGUCUGCAAAGAGCAAACCCAACACUUGUUGAUAUUUCAGAAUAUAUGUAUACACAUAGCACUGAUCCCACAUCUGCUGUGUGUUGUUGUAAUUUCAGUUACUCCUGAACUGUACUACAUGUAAAUUGUAAAUGGCCAUAUGACUCUAAAUGUCAGUAACAUGCCCUCCUGUGUGUGUCUUUUUGUUUAUGUAGUAAUAUAACGGUGCUUUUCUUUUGGACUUUUAAAAAAAUGCCUAUAAAGAUAAAUAAAGACUUUCUUUUUUCAAA